GGGUACCAAUCAAUCGUCGAUCAGCAAUGGGGUGCCUAUUUAGCAAGACAAGUCGUAGAGAGGCUAAUAAUCGCAGCACUACUGAUCUCCCGCCCCUAAUUAACUUCAUUAAUCCCAUUCAUUCCGACAUCGACGGCGAUCUGACCUCCUAUGAGGCUGCUUGCCGGCUAGACCCGGAGCUCCAGUUCUUCGACUCCGCCCUCCAAGAGCGCACCAGCCGCCUCAUCAACACUCUAGCCGUCGGCGUCAGCGUCGAUCGGUCGAUUUCCUUGGCCGCCUUCCGAGAUUGGACCGACUACUGCUUGAUCGAGGUCAACCAGAAAGUGGUCCAUUUCAUUGUCCAGUGCAAGGACGACAUAUGGAGGAACCCGGAACUGUCCGAUCUGGUUGACGAUUACUUCAAGAACUGCCUCCUUAACUUGGGGUUCUUCAACGCCCUCGAUAGCCGUCUCAAGCGCGCCCGCGAAAGCCUGCUCAUUGUCAAGGCCGCCGUGCAGAGUUUCGAGAAAGAAGAAGAAGAAGAAGAGACGAGUCAAACCGAGGUCUAUAGGAAAACAUUGCGAAAACUGGGGGACUUCAAGGCCUCCGGAGACCCUUUCACGGAGGAGUUCUUAUCGCUGUUCCAAUCGGUUUUGGAGCAGCAACAGUCCAUGCUGUAUAAACUGGAGAAGAGAAAGCAGAAGCUUGACGAAGAAUUGGGAUCCGUGAGGACGUGGAAGAACCUGUCGAACGUAAUAUUUGCAGCCACAUUUGCUUCCAUUUUGAUCUGCUCGGUGGUGGUGGCGGCCGUCGCUGCACCACCGGUUGUGGCGGCUCUGGUGGGUGCGGCGGCUUCGGCUCCACUGGGGACUAUGGGAAGCUGGAUUAACUCCUUCUGGAAGAAAUACGAGGAAGAAGUGGGAAGGCAAGGGAAAAUGAACGAUUCAAUGAAACAACAGAUUUCCCUGACUGUCGGGGAGUUGGAAACCAUUCAGGCACGCGUGAAAAGAUUGAAAAUUAAGAUGGAAGCCCUCUUAAACAACGUGGAUUUCGCUGUUGCAGAGGAUGAGGGAGUGAUAAUAGCAAUGGCAGAGAUCAAGAAGAACAUCAAUCAAUUUAUGCAAAAUGUAGACGAGCUAAGCGAGCGUUCUCAUACGGUUAGCCAAUACAUAAGGAAAGCCAGCGUGGUUAUUUUGAAAAAGGUUAUUGAACGUCCCAACACGACAUGAAAGGGGUGUUUGGCUUACCUUCUUUUUUUUUUUUUUUCUUUUCAUAAUUUUAAGCUAUUUAGCUUUUAAAUUGUAUAGAACUUAAAAUUUGACUAGUAUUUAAUCUAAUAAUGUAUUUGGAUAAAUAUGUUUU